AUGAGACAAGCCCUUGCAACUUCUUGUGUGAAAGGCCUCAGCGUGACGGAGCGUCGGACGCCAUCUUCGCCACCUGUGGGCAGACUGUCUACUCAUCUACGAGAAAGAUGCAUAUUUGCUGGUGUACCCAUCCACCAGAAUGGUCUCGUCAGUGCCGGUUUAGACCCACAUACCUCUGCCGGCGUGCUGCAUUGCUGCCGGGCCUCCACCCUGGAUUGUGGAGGCGUGGUGCUGUCUGCGCCUGGUGGUGUAGAACCGUGCUCCGAGAAGUUGCGGCUGCAACUCGCAAGCGUGGGAGAUAGAUUCGCAGGGUUUAAGUCCUCCAUUGCAGAGGAUACAAGGAGGAGGCGCUUGCUCGAAGCAGAACGAUACAGGGGUGCCCUCGACCAUCUCAUAACGCGCUGCGAGGAAUUGGAGCAAGGGCUGUCCAGCCUUAAAGGGGAGCAAGCUGCAAAAAUCUCACGGGAUGCCGCAGAGCUGAUGGCUCGCUGCAAGGCCAUACGUGCGGCGUUCGAAGCUGAAAUACGCUCGAGGAAUGCGAGGGAAGAUGCAGCAGGGGAGAAGCUCGAAGAACUCGUCAAGAAUUUGGACGUAAAAAUUGAGAGUGAAAUCGCGGCGCGUCACCAGCAAGUUUCAUCCCUCAAAAGGGAUAUUGCCGUGCUGCUCAGGGGUGACCAACCUCGCGAUCAGUUCCAUGCCUUCGUCAAGGAAGAGCUCGAGGAGCUACGUGCGGGCCUUGCAGCUGCCACGCGAGCUCGUGAGGAGGCUGACGAUGAAAUACUACAGGCCAUAAACGAGUAUACAAGUGCUCUACAAAGGGGCCUGCAGAGUAUCGGAGGGCUGGCAAGCGGCGCAGCCGUUGCGUAA